AUGCCCAAGUCAAUUUCGAUAUCAAAGAUUGACGGAAAACCCGGCCAAGUUUACUACCCUCUGUCCCUGGACGAGGUUCCUCAGCCUUCACCAAAAGGGAAAGAGGUCCUCAUCAAGAUUCACGCUGCAGCGUUGAACCACCGCGAUCUUUUCAUCCGUCAACACCUCUACCCAAGUGUCGCCUUUGGCGCUCCUCUUUUGGCUGAUGGUUGUGGGACAAUUGUUUCAGUAGGGAGUGAAGCCAAUCCCAAAUGGAAGGGUAAACGGGUGGUUGUCAACCCAGGGACAGGGUGGAAAGAUAGUCCUGAAGGACCCGAAGAUAAAGGUGGUUAUAAAAUCCUCGGUGGCACCAAAAUGAACGUCAACGGAACUCUUCAAGAGUAUAUGAUUAUUGAUGAGGCGGAGGUCGAAGAAGCCCCCGAUCAUCUCUCUGCAGUCGAAGCCGCAGCUUUGCCUCUAACUGGGCUUACCGCAUGGCGAGCUGUCAUGUCCAAGUGCGGAGAACACAAUCUCAAGCCCGGAAAGAAUAUUUUGGUUACAGGGAUUGGUGGCGGUGUUGCAUUGAUGGCCCUGGAAUUCGCCAGAGCGGCAGGUGCCAACGUCUGGGUCAGUAGUGGAAGCGAAGAAAAGAUCAAGAAGGCUAUAGCACUUGGUGCUAAGGGUGGAAUCAAUUACAAGGAGGAAGGUUGGGAGAAGAAACUGCUCGCCAUGUUGCCGCCAGACAACAAACAACUCGACGCAAUUGUCGAUGGCGCCGGUGGCGAUGUCGUGGAAAAGGGCACCAAACUGCUCAAGCAAGGCGGUGUGAUUGCCAUCUAUGGCAUGACUGUAGGACCCAAAAUGCCCUUUUUGAUGCAGGCGGUCUUGAAGAACAUCGACGUUAAAGGCUCAACCAUGGGUUCGAGAAAGGAAUUCAAGAACAUGGUGGACUUCAUCAAAGCCACCAAAGCAAAGCCAGCUGUCUCACGUGUCGUUCAAGGCUUUGACCUCGACGCCAUCAAUGGUCUAUUCGAGGACAUGAAGAAAUCCAUCCAAUUCGGAAAAUUGGUGAUUGAGAUUUCCAAGGAACGCGCAGACAGUAAGUUGUAG